CCCAAGUCUCGGCAGCUCUCUUCCGCUGCGAUUAAACAAAUUGGUCACUGAGCACCCACUGACCAUGUAUUUUUGCUCCGCGCUUGGGUUUAUCUUCGUGUCAUGUCUCUUACUGAUAGGUGCGCACUCACAGAAGUCCCAAGUUCGGCAGACGCCUCGUUUCGUGAAACGGUUUGAAGGGCAGGCGGUGGCCAUUAACUGCACCGCGGAUUUCCCCGGAGCCAAAACCAACACGUGGCUGAAAGGUGACCUGCGGGUUUCACAAAGCGUACGGGGGUACCGCGAAAGAGUGAGCGAGAGUCAUGAAACCAUUGCACAGAAGCUGACAUCGUUCCUGCGAAUCACGAAUCUUACGGAAUGUGAUGCUGGCACCUACUAUUGCAAGGUGGACAGUAUGGGCACGAUAACGAAGGGUGAAGGGACGGAAGUAAUCGUUAUGCGUGCAGGUCAAAACGGCUCGUCCAAUUCCAUCAACAUUGUGCUCAUUGGAGUGUCCGUGGUAGUGAUAGCAGCGCUUGGCAUUGCUUUAAUUAUUGUGUCUGUACAGCUCAGACGACGCACUAAAGCUUGUAUCGCUCUUCAGAGACAGUUCGUUGACUACAUCACUGAAAAAUCAACAGAAUAUAUGAAAAUAAACGAGAAAAAGAAGCACAGGCACAGAGAGGGUGGUACUUCAAGCUCCAGUCAAGAGAGGAAGAAGAAAAGGAAAACAAAACAGUCCCACAGGGUGGAUAGCGCACAAGAAGGCUACAUCCAGUAACCCAAGACAACCUGACUAAGUGUAAAAUCACAGGCCUUUGUCAAAUGCUUCACAAACAGGAAAUAAUUAUACAUUUCCGAUGUCCUACGGUCUCUCCCUGUGAUCUUUCUUUCUUUUAUAUAGUUUUUGUACUUUCACCUGUUUGGUCAAGGGAACAUGAACAAUGCUUUAUACGUACCAGCAGCAAGGACUGUUCCACUUAAUAAGAGAGCGGGAGGUCUAGAUUACUUUUUUUUACUCCUUGUGAUUAUAUAUAUAUUAACUGUUAUGAUUGCUAUCCUGAUUUCUCUGCACCAUAUGUAUAAUUACUAAUGUUAUAUAUUAUUUUGUACUAAUUUGAAAACUAAUAUAAAGAUUGAAAAAGCAGGUACUGUAUACAAUUCUGCUCACUGGAAAGGUGGGAUUGCGCUGGAGAUGGUGCAGAGGAGAUUUGGUAUUGGAAUUGGUUUAUUAUUGUCACUUGUACCGAGGUACAGUGAAAAACUUGUCUUGCAUACAGUUCAUACAGAUCAAUUCAUUGCACAGUGCAUUGAGGUAGUACAGGGUAAAAACAAUAGCAGAAUACAGAGUAAAAUGUCACAGCUACAGGGAAGUGCGUUGCAGGUAGACAAUAAGGUGCAAGCUCAUAACAAGGAGGAUUGUGAGGUCAAGAGUCCAUCUCAUCAUAUAAGGGAAGCAUUCAAUAGUCUUAUCACAGUGGG